AUGGGUUUUUGGGUAGCUAAAGCAUCAGAAAGAAGGACGAGAUUAAGUGAAGAAGUGAGAGAUGCCAUAAAAGAACGUGGAGGGCUUUGCACCGACUACGACAGUUGCCACAAGAUUUGUUCGGAUUGUAUAAUCCGGCAAUGUAUCUUCAAACAAUGUUUUUGCUUUAAGUGCUUCUUUCCUCCUUCACAACCAAUUUUACGUGUUAAUUAA